GCCAACCCCAAAAGAUCCAUAAGAGCCGGUAGUAAACUCUCAGCUUUUCAAGGAGCAGCCAAGGACCAAACUGCAAAGAAGUGAAGGCAGCCUGAGAAAAAAAGAUACAAAAAAAAAAAUGGUCGAGUAGGCAGAGGUCAAUUCUAUGAGCGGAAAAGGGUGAAAAAAAACACCUUCAGCAGAACACCAGCUGGUCCUGGGAUCAAAAGCAGAAAAGGACAGGGGAAAGAGGGGGCUGGACAGCGAGAAGGAGCAGAGAAAAGUGAGUGGAAUGAUAAAAUGAGAAGGUGGAAGCUUUCUCUUCUGGAGCUCGUGCUCGUGUUAUGGCUUGGGUUGCGAAUUCUGGCUGUGUGUCCCUCCGUGUGCUCCUGCAGUCGCAGCCACAGGGAGGUAGACUGCUCCUCGAGGGGUCUAAGAAGUCUGCCCAACAACUUACAGUACAACCUGCGCUCCCUUAACCUGUCCCACAAUCGAUUCCACAGCCUGGAUGACCAACUUACCGCUUACACCCAUCUCCGCGUUCUAGAUUUGUCUCACAAUCGGCUGAGCCGACUGCCCGCAAACCUACCUCGUUCCCUCUGGCGGAUUUAUGCCUCCUCCAACCGCAUUCAGUUGUUGGACAAGAAUGACACGGUUUACCAGUGGAACCUGCAGCUGCUUGACCUCUCCGACAACAAAAUGGAGAGAGCCACCUUUAUCAACAACACGCUGAGCAGUUUGUGCACGCUCAACCUCAGCCACAAUCACUUCUGGACUUUGCCCACCAACCUACCCGUACGCCUGGAGAUUCUUGACCUGUCCCACAACUGGCUAGUAAAAGUACUUCCCGGAUCUUUAGAUCGGCUCCCCAGACUAACUUACUUCUACCUGCAUGCUAACCGCUUCUCUGCAAUGCCUCUUGGAGUCUUGGACAAAAUGACAUCGCUCAAAGUCAUUGCUUUGGGAAACAAUCCUUGGGCUUGCCACCUUUACGCCGACAUCAGUUACUUGCUCUCCUGGACUCAGCGUACCCCCGCACGUGUCCUGGGCUGCCCAUGCCACACUCAGCCCGUCUGUGGAGGGGUGCGCCCUGGCAGGACGGGAGGGUGGCAUUAUGCCUCCUACAACUUACCCCCAUUGGCUGCCAGCGCCAAGGAUCUGACCUCUAUGACCCCCAAAGCUAGUGUCACCGGCUGGUGGUAUCUGUCUGUUUCUACCUCGCUGAACACUCCUGUUGCCCCAAGAGAGACAUGGGACACAAAACACCACACUUUCACAGCCACACCCAGCAUCAGCAUGGCCACCCUGAAGUACAAAACCACAGGCACACACCUAACUAUUGAUCACAUGUCUGCAAGUGUUAGCUCUGAUUCUCUUCAUGUCUCUGCAACAAAGCAAACCUCAACCACAGACACAAGUCUCCUUACAGAAAUGACCGAUGAAGAUAACACGACAUCUGCCACAGAUCAAUUUUUUACCACAGAUAGUCUGUCCAUCCAAACAAAGAAGACAACCACACUUCGCACCAGAAGUGUGAGGAGGCAGAAUCCAUCCUUUCCAGGUGGUAUCCCUAACAGUAGCCCUGCUCUUGUUUCCUGUUCCUGGGAUUUAUUCCUUCAUAGCUCAGCGCUCCUGUCUCUCAUUCUGAUUCAAGUCCAUUGAAAGACGAAUGAAAAGGCCCAACACCAGUUUAUAGCACAAACAAGUAGAACAGGCACAAAACUGAAUACUGCUGCUGCGCUGCAAACCUUGCAUAUAUAUAUUACCAGCUUUACAGCUUUAAUUUCAAUGACAGGCUUGAGCUGGGUGUACUGACACUUUUAGAAUUACAUGUGCAAAAACAAACAACUUUUCUAACAUUUUUACAAGCCCUGCUUUGAAUGUCUUUUUAAGAUUGUAAUGAAUCUAGCAGAGCACAUGAUGGCACUAUACAUCCAGGUACCAGUCUGUUAUGUAACUGAGUGCCUGGUGCUUCAUGGGCAGCAACAGUCUAUUUCCAGGCUGUCCAAGGUGCACUUCAGUACACACUAAUGUCCCCAAUUUAGAGUUUUAAAUGUUUUAUUUUUUUA